CCCGGCCCCGGCCCCGGCCCCGGCCCCGGGCCCGGCCAUGCCGCGCCCCAAGCCCCGCGCCCCCCGACAGCCCUCCUAGUGCGCGCCCGGCACCAUGGCCCGCAGGACCCGCUGUGAGGAACAAGAAGAGCUGCAUUACCAGGAUACAGACUCUGAUGUGCCAGAGCAGCGGGAAAACAGGUGCAAAGUCAAGUGGACCCACGAAGAGGAUGAGCGGCUGAAGGCGCUAGUGAAACAGUUUGGACAGACUGACUGGAAGUUCCUGGCAAGUCAUUUCCCUAACCGCAGUGAUCAGCAGUGCCAGUACCGGUGGCUGAGAGUGUUGAACCCAGACUUGGUGAAAGGGCCUUGGACCAAAGAGGAGGAUCAGAAGGUAAUUGAACUGGUAAAAAAGUAUGGCACAAAGCAGUGGACACAGAUAGCAAAGCACCUGAAAGGCAGGCUGGGGAAGCAGUGCCGGGAGCGCUGGCACAACCACCUGAACCCUGAGGUGAAGAAGUCCUCAUGGACAGAGGAUGAGGACCAGAUCAUCUUUGAGGCCCACAAAGUUCUGGGGAACCGCUGGGCUGAGAUCGCCAAGCUGCUUCCUGGCAGAACUGAUAAUGCUGUGAAAAACCACUGGAACUCCACCAUCAAGCGAAAAGUGGACAUGGGAGGUUUCCUCAGUGAUUCUAAAGAGUCCAAAUCCUUAUUCUUAUUAUUGGAGGUGGAUGGCAAAGAGAGCCAAAGUCUCCAAAGAGCCAGAAACCAGAAAAGCGUUCUAGCCAGCUGGCCUGCUGAUGCUUUAGAAAUAAAAGAGGAAGAUGCCAGUGAUGAUGAAGCAACGGGCUUGCAGGAGUUGCCCUUGGAGCAGCCAGCUACAGAACUGGUGGAGGACAAUGCUGAAGGGACCCUGGAGGAUGUGGUGCCUGAAGACACCUCAGCAGAUGGCACCUCUCCUUACAAGUGGGUGGUUGAAGCUGCAAAUUUGUGCCCAACUUCGGGACCUGCCUUCACAGAAGCUCUGGACAUGAUAGAAUCCGAUCCAGAUGGAUGGUGUGACCUGACUCAUUUUGACCUACCUGAAGAUCCCGCUGGGGGCGGUAGCAGUAACAGCAACAGUCCAAUUAGGCAAACUCCCAGCAAACCCCCCAUAUCUCUGUCCAACGUAACUGAGUAUCGCCUGGAUGGCCACACCAUAUCAGACCUGAGCAAAAGCAGCAAGGGUGAACUGAUCCCUAUUUCCCCACGCUCAGAGGUGAGCUUUGGGACCCCGCCCUGCAUCUUCAAAAGGCAGAAGAAGAGGAAGAUCUCCCUCUCGCCUGUCACAGAGAAUGCCACCAGCACCAGCCUCUCCUUCAUAGACUCCUGUAACAGCAUGACACCCAAAAGCACCCCUGUCAAGGCACUGCCCUUCUCCCCAUCCCAGUUCUUAAACUUCUGGACCAAGCAGGACACACUGGAGUUGGAGAACCCAUCCCUGACCUCCACACCCGUCUGUAGUCAGAAGGUGAUUGUGACCACCCCGCUGCACAGGGACAAAACCCCCCUGCUCCAGAAGAACUCAGCGUUUGUCACCCCUGAUCAGAAAUACGUAGCGGACAAUACUCCUCACACGCCCACGCCAUUCAAGAAUGCCCUGGAAAAGUAUGGACCAAUGAGGCCUCUGCCGCAGACCCCGCACCUAGAAGAGGAUUUGAAAGAAGUGCUCCGGAGUGAAGCUGGCAUUGAACUCAUCAUAGAAGAUGAUGUGAAGCCUGAGAAACAGAAGCGGAAACAAGGGCUUCACAGAAGUCCCAUCAAGAAAGUUCGGAAGUCCCUUGCCCUCGACAUCGUGGAUGAGGAUAUAAAACACACAGUGUCCACUCUACCCAAGCAGAUCUGUUUUAAAAGAGCACCGGUGAGGGAUGCUAAAGUGGUGGAGACGGGAAGGGAGGGCUGGAAGCCAAUGUCAGUGAAUUUCUUCUCAAGGUCCCUGAACUUCUCUUCCUCCAGCAAUAAGGAUGACAACAGUUUGCUUAAUAGGGGGUUCAUGCAGGUGCAAGUGAAGACCGAGAAGACAUCCUGUACCAGGAAAAUCCCAAGCCAGUUCAAACCUCCAGCUCCGAUGUCCCGUGCUUGGAAAGCAGUGGCUUGUGGUGGAACCAAAGACCAGCUCAUCAUGCAAGACAAAGCUCGGCAGAUCUUGGGCAUGUUAAAACAGAGCCAUACAUCACGGACCUUAAUCUUAUCGUGACGGAUUGCCCUACCUUUUUUAUGAUUUUUUGUACUGGUUUUUAAAUGGGAAGAUUAAGAAAGAACACACGGAAGAAAUGUUCUUGGCAAGACAGUGUUUUUAUGGGUUUUUCCUUCUAUGAAUCCUGUAUUACAUGGUAGAUUCAUAUUUUAAUAAAUUGUGUUAAAUGCUG